GCUGGAUCAGAAGGCUGAAUUCAGUUCCUCUUAAAUAGUCGCUGUUCCUCUCAGUAGAGGCUAAAGCUUCUCUGCUGUUCUACUUAAUCCGCCUCUGCUCCAGUUCCCAAGCCAAAGACUACCAGGAGGCCAGCUAGCUCCAUCCAAGCCAAGCCAAAAUGAAGCCAGAACAAGAAGAGGCACGUCCUCCAUUGAUCUCUGUUAAGGGGGUCCCCAUGAUAAAGUACUUUGCAGAAGUCUUAGAUGAAGUGGAAAGAUUCCAAGCACAUCCAGAUGAUCUACUGAUCUCUACAUACCCCAAGUCUGGUACCACCUGGGUCAGUGAGAUUGUAGACAUGAUCUACAAAGAAGGCAGUCUGGAAAAAUGCAGAGUUCAACCCAUCUACAUGCGAGUCCCUUUCCUGGAAUUUGCUGUACCUGAUGUCCCUACAGGCAUUGAACUGCUUAAGGAAGCACCCCGCCCAUGUCUAAUCAAGACCCACCUUCCUGUCCAAAUGCUCCCCAAAUCCUUCUUGGAAAAGAACUGCAAGAUUAUCUAUGUGGCCAGAAACGCCAAAGAUGUGGCUGUCUCAUACUACUAUUUCUACCAAAUGGCAAAAGUGCACCCAGAGCCUGGAACAUGGGAGGAAUUUCUGGAGAAAUUUAUGGAUGGAAAUGUGUCUUUUGGAUCCUGGUAUGAUCACGUCAAAGGUUGGUGGGACAUCACGAAGAAAUACAGGAUUCUGUACCUCUUUUAUGAAGACAUGAAAGAGGAUCCAGAACGGGAGAUUCGAAAAGUAAUGGAAUUCCUAGAGAGGCCAGUUGAUGAAAACUUAGUCAAGAAGAUUUCACACCACACCUCCUUCAAAGAGAUGAGUCAGAACCAAAUGGCUAAUUACAAAAGCAUUCCCACUUCAGUUAUGGAUCACAAAAUCUCUCCUUUCAUGAGGAAAGGAAUUGCUGGUGACUGGAAGAACAAAUUCACAGUGACACAAAAUGAGCGUUUCGAUGAGAAUUACAAGAUGCAAAUGAAAGGAACUACGCUGCAGUUUCGAACAGAGAUAUGAUUGUUCUUUUCCUACUUGGUGAGGAUCUGCUUUGUUACCUGUGAGACUAGUUGAAGAUGCUGAGAUUGUAUAUAGAUGUACUCCGAGACAAGAUGCCACUGUGCCCCCAUCAAAUGAUGGAAAGACCUAGCUAAUAUCAAAGUCAUGCCAAGAACAAAAAUGAACUCCAAUCUGCAUUUUAUUUAUGAUAUUGUUCCUUUUUAAUCAUUGACCUCUUUCCUUGGGAUGCAAAACUUCAGACGUUUAAGUUCUUAUAUUUCUAGUUCUUACAUUUGUGAAAGGGAUGUAGCUUGUGCCUUCCUUCCUUCUUCCUCUUCCUUCCUUCCUUCCUUCCUUCCUUCCUUCCUUCCUUCCUUCCUUCCUUCCUUCCUUCCUUGAAAUGUCACUACUUCAUCUUUACUUUCUUGGAAGAUUACUUGCAAAAAUGCAAAUACUGGAAAAUAGUGGAUUGACAUCAUUCAGAUUUUACAUUGGAAUUUGUGUUCCAGGCAAACAACUGCAGAAUAAAAGUGUCAUCUGAAACUGU